AAUUGUAUCAUUUCAUCCUUACUCGUUCAAACGUUAACACAAGCGUUUCGGCCAAAUCUGUACAAAAAUAUUAAAAUAACCAAAAAACGAACGGUGGUGUUUUAUCGUAAUAUUUACGGUUUAAACUCAACAAGAAAAUAAAAAAACAAACGAAAAAAUUCAUUACCACAAAAUAACAUAUAAACAGUGUAGUGUGUUGUUAUUAAGAUAAGGACUUUAAUGAAAAUUUAAAGAACUUAAAACAAAUAAAAAAAGAAAAUACCAAAAAAUUAAAUUAAUUUUUAACAAAUAAACAAAAAAAUUAAGCAAAAUGGCUCACAAAUUUGUUGCAAUCAGUGUUGUGUGUUUAGUUUCUCUUGCUGCUGCCCUGCCUGCUGAAGAAACACGCGGUCAUGCCCGCAAUGCUGUGGGUUCCGAUAAUGACAUUAUGGAUAGUAUAUACAGUGAUUGUCUGCGUAAGGAUUCAGUGUCCUGUGUGAAAUAUAAGCUCUUCAAUUUUGUGGAUAAAGUGUUGGGAGCUCGCGAUCAAUUUGCUUUAACCGAAGGUGUUACCGUAGUACGUUCUCCCGAUGCUCCUGUGCAAGAAGCUGCUCGUGCCAUUUCUGGUGAUGAAUCAUUCGAAUCUUUGGCCAUGAACCGCAUUGCUGGUUUCUUGAACUCUCACACCAUUAAAGUUGAAUUGAAGGGUGCUGAUAUCGUACAAGCUGUCAGCUCUACCGGUCGUGCUUUGGAAGAUGUCUCCGAAUCUUUGUUCGGCAAUGAUGAUCCUAAUGCUCCCGAAGAAAGCCGUGGCAAAAAGAAGAAGGCUGCCAAAAUCUUGGGCCCCAUCAUUGCCUUGAUUGCCUUGAAGGCUGCCGCUCUCUUGCCUUUGCUUUUGGGUGCUAUUGCUUUGAUUGCCGGCAAGGCUUUGUUGAUCGGUAAAAUUGCUUUGGUACUUUCUGCCGUCAUUGGUUUGAAGAAAUUGUUGUCUCAAGAGAAACACGUCACCUAUGAAGUUGUUGCUCAUCCUCAUCACAGUGCCAGUCACUCAGUCAGCCAUGAUUCAUAUGGCAGUGGCUACAGCGCUGAUGUCGGUUCAUCAGGAUCAUACGGCAGUUCUGGUCAUGGUGGUUGGGGCCGUUCUUUGGAUGCUCAAGAUUUGGCCUACAAUGCCCAAAAGCCCAAGGCUUAAAUACAAAUAUCCUCAAAUAACUACCACUACUAAAUCAACUACUAACUUUAAAUCUUUUACUUUAACGAGCAGAACAUUACUCUACAACCCAACGACUGUUAAAAUAGUUAAAACAUUUUUGAAUUCUUACAAUUUACGCCAACACACAAAACGACUUAUUUAUUGACUUCGGGUUAAAGGGAGCCUUAACAAGGUAACUGAAUCUAUUGCAAAAGAGUUUAAUUUAUUAAUAAAACCUAAAGAGCUUAAAGUUUGGCUUGUGAUCUAAACUUUUAGAGUCUUUAUGUCAACUCUGUGUUUUAGAUUUUGUAUAAAAUUGUUUUGGUUUCUUUGUGUACUUAACCCAAAAACGAGACUUUUUCAUUUAUUAAGUUUAAAAUAACAAACUAUCUUUUUGUUAAUUAAUUUAUUUAACUUAUUUUUAAUAAUUUAUUUAAUUUAUUUUUUUUAGUUUUUUUGUUUUUUUCAUUUUUUUUGCAUAAUUUUAAAACUAAUGAGAUCCAAGGAUCUCCAAAAAAUACAAAAAAAUUUACAAAUCAAUAAUGAGCAACGAACCGAAAGUAGUAAAAAACCAUUAAUUACCGAUAAGUGUGUGUGUAUGUGCAUUUGUUUAUACGCACAUACAACAUAGUAUAUAUAAUAUUUAUAUAACAGUUUUUAUGUAUUAUAUAAUAGCAAUUAUUAAGUAAUAUAUAAAAACAAAGGAAAACCAGUGGCCUAUUCCUGCUAGGGAGGCGCCAACCCACAACCAUAAAGCAAGAAGUCGAUUGAUAUCUAAUUUAAUAAAUAAUAAUUGCACCAGAUUUAUAACGAAGAAAAACAAUACUCAACAAAACAAAGAGAAAUUUAUUUUCUCAACUACUUAGUCUAUUUGAUAAUCUACAACUUUCUCUUUUCUGUUUCUUCUUCUUUUUCAUUUCAUGCCAAUGAAAAACUUUCUCUUUAAAGUAAUUACUGUAAAUCCUUUUUACAUUUAUCUUUAAACUUUUUCUUAAAUCUUUCUUGCUUCUAUUUCUUCAUUUACUUAAUACUAUCUAUUUUAUUUAAAGUUUCCUUUUUAUACUUUUUUUCUAUUUGCUCUUUGUUCUACUUCUAGUCUCUUUUUUUGAAUAACUAUCUUUCUUUCUGCACUAUAUUCAUUAUUUCCUACUGUACAAAUCUGUUUAAUUCUUAUAAAAUUUUCAUCUAUUUUUGUUUAAUUCUAGUCUUAAAUAUAACAAUAUUUUUUUUUACAAACUUCCAUAGCUUUAUAUUAUGUAACUGCUAUUUCAUCUAAUUUCCGACUAUUCAUUUUUGAACUACUCACUUGCUAAACUGUUUAAAUCUCUUACACAACUUCUUUGUCUCUUUGACUUAUUUGUAAUGAAUUUUCAAUUUUAAUUUCUCUCUCACUCUCUCUCUCUCUCUUUUAUUUCAUUUAGCUUUACUUAGCCUCUACAUUUCUUUUCAUUACUCAUUGUCUCAUCUCUUAUUUAGUUUUGUUUUUAGCUAACAAAACGCCAUAACUUGCCAUAGUUUUUUCAUCAUCUAAAAAAACUAAACUAUAUCACUUUCACUAUCACUAUUAUCCAGUUAAAAGCUUUCUUUAACUAUUACUUUUUUAAAAGCUUUCCUUUCUAAAACAUAAGUAUUACUGCUUAUAUCUCUUUAUACUCUUUAAAGCUUUACUCUCAUUGUUUUCAUUUUCAAAUCACUUUCACUUUCUUUUACAAAUGCUACAUACUCUCUCUGCCUCUCUCUCUCUCUCUCUACCACUCUCUCUACCUCCUUUUCUUUGCUUUUCUAGUGCUCAUUUUUUCAUUUUAUCUACUGCUAUACUUUUCCUUAUUAUUCUCCUCUAUUCUAACUAUAUCUCUCAACUUUCUCAAAAAAACUAUAUAACUGUAUUUUCACUUUUUUCAAUUUCUCUUUUCUCUUUCUCGCAACUAUUCUUUAUUCUCUUAACUCUUUUCUCUAUCUAUCUCUAUCUUUAUAACUUUCUAUUAUCACUGACACUGCCCCAUAGCCGCACAAUUACAGAAUAAUAAUUGUAUCAAUAUUUGUUUUAAAAUAGUUGUAAUAAUUUAUUUAUUUAUUAUUAUUUUAUUAUGUUUGUUUAUAUUAGUAUUAGUUGUUAAAUUAUAACAAAUACUAAACGAUUCCAACCACACUUUUAUUUAUUGACUUACACGCUGUAAUAUUAAAAAAAAACAGACACAAAUCUUAAAAAUAAACCUUUAAAACAAAACAAUAGUUAAUACUUAAGUUAUACAAUUUUUGUCAUAAACGAAGCAUUUCAUUAUAAAAAUGAAAAAAAUCAUUACAAAAAAAUCUAAGAAAAAAUUUUACAAAAAACAAAUAAAGUAAUUUAUUGAAAAAAAA